GAGGAAUUAAACAAAGCACAGACAGGGACAGAGGGGAAAGGACAGGCAGAGCUGUUGAUAGUAGGUUUACAUCUUACCUCAGCACUAAUUACUACUUUUUCACUGCAGCAGAAAGAAAAGAAACAGAAAUUAAGAAAGAGAGAGCGAGAGAGAAACAGCAAAGCAAAGGUGCAGCUGAGAAGAGGAAGAAAAGGAGGGAGUAGCGAGAAAAAAGUGAGAGACAGCAGUCCAGGAGAUUAAAUUGAGGAAGCGAAACAAGAAGGGAGAGACGAGGCUCUGAGGAGUGAGCGAGGGAGGGAAAGUAAGAAAACUGCAGACACUCAUUGACAGAGAACACUGGACUUAACUCCACGGUUUACUGACAUCAGCAAAAACAAAAGAAGAAGCGCGUCACCAAAAAAAAAAAAAAAGAGGUCACUGUGGUGGUGUGUUGCCUGCCUGAGUUUGUCUACUAUGCAACCGAGUCAGCUGAGAUAGACAGACUCAAGCACGAUCCCACUGUUUACUUCCCCCCAAAAAAACUUCUCCCGGUAUCAGCACCAUGUUGAUGAAAGAGUAUCGCAUAUGCAUGCCACUGACCGUGGAUGAGUACAGGAUUGGGCAGUUGUACAUGAUCAGUAAGCACAGCUGUGAGCAGAGUGGUGGGGGAGAGGGGGUGGAGGUGGUGAGGAAUGAGCCAGAUAAUCACCCCAAGUAUGGAGCGGGACAGCUGACCGAGAAACGAAUCUACCUCAGCAGUAAACUGCCAUCUUGGGUAAAAGCAUUUGUCCCUCGAUUUUUCUACAUUACGGAGAAGGCCUGGAACUUCUACCCAUACACCAUCACAGAGUACUCAGUAUCAUUCCUCCCCAAGUUCAGCAUCCGUAUUGAGACAAGAUUCGAGAACAACAACGGCGAUAACGAUAACGUGUUUGGGGACAAGCCAACCCCAGCAGAGAAUGUGUGUUUCCUGGACAUUCUGAGUGACCCCAUCCCUGAAAAGCACUACAAAGAAUCAGAGGACCUGAGUCUGUGGCAGUCAAGUAAAACUGGACGAGGACCUCUGGAGAAGGGCUGGAGGGACAGCCACAAACCUGUCAUGUGCUCCUAUAAGAGGGUGGAGUGCAGCUUUGAGGUCUACGGCUUCCAGACCAGGACAGAGGAGUUCAUACAUCGAGUAAGAUCGGACUCUUUCCCUUUAUGUUCAUUCCAUUGCUAUUGUAACGUGACUGCGUCAAGGAGACAUCACAAUCUUCUUCAAUAUUCAGGCCUCGUCCCUCGUCCUGCGUUUUCUCGCUCCAUCUCUGUGACAGAUGAGCGCAGCCUUAAGAAGAUGGGAGUGACCACUGCAGCCGUACCUGACCCCUCCCACGUGACACACAGUCCCAUUCGCCUGAACUCAACCCCCGAAUGAUGCCUCUCUCUCUCUCUCUCUCUCUCUCUCUCUCACACACACACACACACACACACACACACCUUGCACAGUGCAAACACAACUCAAAUACAGUGUCAACAUUCACCAGAGUCAUGUGAUGUCAUCUCUCAAAUAUGAACACACCCAUAUGCAAACAGCAACAUGAUCCAACAGACACCGUUUUUAGGGAAAAUGCUUUGUUGCUUUCUGGAGCAGAGUAUGAUAUCAAUACCUUCUUCUUCUUUUUUGCCUUAAGUUACUGGUUCUAGCUCAGGGAAAAAAUACUUCACUGUUGUUUUUGUAUGAGAAAAAAAAUUGUGAGCUGUAGAAAUGUUGGUAGGGAGAUUUUGUUACUUUUGGAGAGAGCCGAGCUUGAUGUUCUUUCUGUUUUCGGUCUUUGUGUUAAGCUAAACGAACUGGCUGCUGGCUACAGUUUCUAGUAUCGAUCUCUUCAUCUAACUCUCUGCCAAAAAGCAGCACAGAGCACUUCCCAAAAUACUAAACUAAUCCUCCAGCACCACCUAAGAAUUAUUCAUUACUUUUUACUUUGUUGAUAUGAAGUAUGUUACAGAAUGCCGCUCAGAUGCACAAGAACACACAAGCGCCUUGCGUCUACUCAGACAUUUUCUACAAAUAACCUUCAAGUGUCCUCGACAGAUUGUAAACACGGUGCAUUUCAGCACUUUCUCUCAGUUCCUCGGUUAGAGUGGAGUGCAGGACCCCCAGCAGGGCUCUCCGAUUGUUUCCGAGCCCCCAACCAGGAGCGUACAGACAGAUGCAUAAGGAGUUUAAUAGAGUGGAUCUAAUGAGAGAGCAUGAGAGAAGGAGGGUGGGCUGUCAACGCAAUGGAUCAGCUCCCCCUCCCCACCUCAGCCAAUAGGUCAGACCAAGUGUAUUGACAGAAGGUAGUGAGGCAUUGUAUUGGUUCCUUGAUCGCUUAGCUGAGUGUUGGGCCAAACGCGAGCUAAACUUCAAUUAUGUAUCAAUGGGGUGAGCAUUUAUAACAUUAUUAGCUCAUGUGCAUUUAAAGGGAGAAUGGGUUCUUGUCACCGGGUAUUAAUUAUGAAAACUGAAUAGAUGUAAGUUGUAUGAUAAAGUGUUACGUACUGCUGUUGCCUUUUUUUGUAAAAUUACUGGAUGUUUAAAUAGAAUCAGAUGGAAAAUCAUAUAGAUGUUACACUGUAUAGUCUUUUAUAACGGCUCUGAUUAA